AUGGAAAUCCUCAUUGUGGGUGCAGGUCUUGGCGGCCUCGCAGCUGCGUGCUGCUUUGCCAAGGAUGGUCACCAUGUUUUUGAGCAGCGAGAUAAAUUGUCGCCAAAGGGAAGUGGGCUGAUGAUCCGCCCUGGUGCGUCUCGCAUUCUUCAUUCCUGGGGUCUUGGAGACGCCAUUGAACACGUCGCCGACACCUGUCUCCCGUUCUCCAUCCGAGAUCUGAAGACCGAUAAGGAUAAGAUACGAGCAUUGCCAGCUUCACUUAGCAAGUACCCGGAUUGGGGCAUUCAUCGACCCAUUUUACAAGAUAUUUUAUACCAACAUGCCAUGCAGGCUGGGGCCGAAAUUAUCUUCAGCAGUGUCGUGGAAGAUUUCUCGGAUGAACCAGAUAGAAGGCCAAGCCUACAACUUAAAGCCGGUAAAACAAUAGCUGGCGAUCUUAUCCUUAUUGCUGACGGUAUUCGAUCACGCUUGCGCUCCAAAGUUUUGUUUGACAUAUCUGCGGGCUGGUCGGUGGAUCCCAAAAUCAGCGAGUCGGUAUUCUAUGGUGUAACAGUGCCACGGCAAGAACUAGAAUCGGAUAAUGAUGCCGUUUUAUUGCUACAGCAAGAUGAGCCAUGUGUUUGGGUCGACAAUGAACGCUUCGUUGUUGGUCGGAAGCCCAGAAAGCUUGAAUUCUGGAGCGGAUUGUUUGGGAUCAAUUAUGAUGAUGGCCAAGCUAGUAUGUGGAAUGAGCUAUCUGAUAGGCUAACCAUCACCAAGGACGGUGAUAUCGCCUUUGUGAGGCAGCGUUUCGAGGGGAUCUGCCCAUCUCUCUCUGCAGUUCUCAAAUUGGCGUCUAAGUGUGACAGAUGGAAGAUUGCCGAAAUGCCAAAUCUUCCUCGUUGGACGAGCAAGUCUGGCAGGACCAUCCUAUUGGGAGACUCAGCGCAUGCAAUGGAGCCCAACGCGGCACAGGGAUUAUCCCAGAUCAUCGAGGACAUAGGAGUAUUGCAGACAUUACUUUUGUCAUACUCCCAUUUGGAUAUCUCAGUGAUUAGUAGAUUCUGGGAAGAUAUCCGAAAACCUCGAGUUGAACGUAUCAAGUCCUACGCUGCUUGGAAUACGCAAAUGUUCCUUGGGAAGAAAGAUCGUGUCGCUUCGCAUUCGAAAUAUGCUGAUACCGACUGGGAGUCUAUCAAAAAUAUCGAACCGGAUCCUGCUACAGAUUUUAAUAGCCCUGCAUUUUUCAAGUGGGCUCACGACUAUGAUGCCAUUGAACAAGUGAGUCUGCCACUCGGCUCGAGUACAUCCCCACCCGAAGAAGAGAGGAGAGAAUGUAUAGAAAAUCAAUAA